AUGGAUGCUGAGGCAGCUGGGCAGGGAACUGAUAAAGUCCGUUUCUCUAAAUCACUCUCCAAGGGAGAAAAAGUAUCUACUGCUUUUAGGAAGGAAAAGAUAAAGGAGGCCUUGGAUGCACUUGGGAUUCCAUAUGAUUGGGAUACAGUCCCCAAUAUUGCUGUCAUGGGAUCAGGAGGAGGUUUACGUGCCACAAUUGCCCUUUGUGGGACACUAGUGGAGCUGAAGAACCAGAAUAUCUUAGACUGCAUUAUGUACCUGGCUGGCGUUUCUGGUUCUGCCUGGUGCAUGUCGUCCAUCUGCAAAACUGAGAAUUGGACAGAAAGACUGAAGGAGUUGGAAAAACAUCAACGGGAAACCCUUACUGAAAGCCAGUGGAAUUUUGAGACAGCAGCGAACGCUUUGAUGAAGGCCACAAAUGAUGAGAAUUACUCUCUGACAGAUUUCUGGUCUUAUUUUAUUGUGUACCAAAUGUUAAAUGAGUUGGAUGAGAGUACAUUGCCUGAGCAGAGGAGAUCUUCUGAGAAUGGGAAAAAUCCUUAUCCUAUUUAUGCAGCCUUGAACAACAUGUCAUACAAGGGAAACCUUCCAGGCACCUGGUUUGAAUUUACCCCACACGAAGUUGGGAUACCUGAUCUUGGUGCAUACAUAGACACCAAAUACUUUGGCAGUGUAUUUGAAAACGGGCAAAUGAUUGAGGAGAAGGAGGAGAAAAAUAUCAGCUAUCUGCAAGGUAUAUGGGGAAGUGCCUUUGGCAGCAAGAAGGACUUGAAGAAGCAACUAUAUGGGGUUUUUCAUCUUUACCAUAGGUUACGCAGUGUUGUAAUGAAGACCUCUGCAUGCAUUUCCCAAUGGAAAUGGGGGACCACCAAUAACUUCCUGUACAAGUGCUGUGGUGAGGAAGUCUAUAACCUGUCAAGUGAACGGACGCUAUCUCUGAUUGAUCCUGGUAUGGACAUAAACACUGCUUACCCACUCAUUUUGCGCCCUGAGAGGAAUGUGAAGCUGAUCCUUUCUUUUGACUUCAGCUCUGGGAAUCCUUUCGAGACCGUUGAAAAAGCUGCUGACCACUGUGCAAAAUGUGGAAUCAAAUUUCCCAAAAUAGAUGGAAUAAAACCAGAGGACAAAAAGAACCCAUCAGGCUGCUACAUCUUCAGAGGAAGAGAUGCUCCUACCGUCAUGCAUUUCCCACUAUUCAAUAAGGACAACUGUCUAGAUAAAACUGAAGUAUACAGAAUCCAGUUUGGUACCCUCAAGAUGAAAUAUACCAAUGGAGAAAUUGAAAAGCUUCUCACUGCCGCAAAGAAGAACGUCGUGAAUGCUCAGCAAAAGAUUUGGGAAGAGAUUGGGCGUGCUGCUGCUGCUUCUCCCUGACAUGUUUAGGGAAACCAUUCCCACUUUAACAUUUUCCUAACAGCUAGUGACUCUCUAAUCUUCAACAUGCAUUUCUGCCCGUGAAUGCAAUAUUUCUAAUAAGCCAUACACACAACCAGCGUACCCCAUGGUAGAGUGUCACAUGAGCAUCCGUUACUACCAACCUGGUGUAUUUUUUUCCUGCCUUGCCCUUACCAAGUGGCAAGGCUUCCCCACAUUCUCCAUAUUGUUCAGCAGCUACCUAUAUUAUUAAGCCAUGGGUCGGCUCCAGACUGGUGAAGCAGGGACCUGGUCUGCUGGUGAAGCAGGGACCUGGGGGGUUCCUGGGAAUCAUGGGACUUUUAUGGACAAAAGCUGUGAGGUAGUUAGUAGGAAAAUGAGGAGAGUGAUCAAAAAAGCUGGCUAGAUACAACUCUAGGCCUGCUGGUGUUGCUUAGGAUCCUUACUCUGAGUUG